GUGUGUGUGUGUGUGUGUGUGUGUGUCCAGGUGGUCCAGAUCUUCAUCGGUCUGCUGUGUGUCCUCUUCAGUCUGACCUCCCUGUUGUCCCCGGUCCUGAUCCUCCACGCUCCGCUGUGCCUCGCCGUCGCCUUCGUGGUGUCGGGCUCCGUGGCGAUGGCGGCGGCGAGACGGACGUCUCUGGGUCUGGUGUGGACGUGCCUGGCGUGGAACCUGCUGGGCGUGGCGCUGGGCGUGGUGGGCGUGGCCUAUCUCUGCUGGCUGCUGGUUGACGGCCCCGCCUCCCGGGGCCUCUGUGAUCCCGUCCCCGGGUCCCGGCCCUCGGACAAGCCAACCGAGGACUGCAUCCAACUGUUGAGGAUGCAGGAG